UUUUACUGCGGAAGUAGUAAAACAUACACUUAAUCACUUCCGCAUAUUGUUUUCAUACGUUCAAUCUUUAUAAUGGAAAAUCUCAAAGCCCCUUUCCGGGGUAUUGCCAACGAUGUCCGGGGAAGAUCUUCAUGUUAUAAGCAAGAUUGGAUUGUUGGUCUUCGUUCAGGAAUUGGGAUUUUGGCUCCAACCACGUACAUCUUCCUUGCUUCUGCCCUUCCUGUUAUUGCAUUCGGUGAACAACUCAGCAGAGACACAGAUGGAAGUUUGAGCACGGUGGAAACUUUGGUUUCUACUACAACACUGGACCGUGAUUAA